GCAAGCUUCGAGACAUUGGCGUGCACGCAGGUCGCUACCAGAGUGCGUUUCGCACGCGCAUGACCAAGUCCCACCACCCCUUGCAAGUGCAUCGGAAGCAGGUGUGGGAGUCGCUCUUCCUGCGCAAGUCGCGUCAUGAGCGCCGCGACAUUGUGCAACGACCGUGGGAAUACCCCAUGGCCGCGCAGAACCUCGCGGCAAUCCUCAUUCAAAAGCGCGUUCGGGGGGCAAUCGCCCGGACGGCCCUCCAGAAGGAGAUCAAGCCAGUCAAGCGAGUGCUCCGCAUGUCCCUCAUGCACCGCUUCAUCGCGCACCAUAACGGCACGUUUGAGGAUCGGGACGGGUUUCGUCGAUUCUGCGCCACGCGGCUUCAGGCGUGGUACCGCAUGCGCAAGCUCGCGUGGGCGUACGGGCUGCAGCGCUAUCCCAUGUACCACAUUGCCGCCAUGCAGAUCCAGUACAAGUGGCGCAUGUACUACCAAAAAGCCAUGGCGGUCUACGAAAUGACACCGCGGGACCGCGCCGCCAUGCGUGUCCAAAGCUUCUGGCGUGGCUACACCAACAAGCGCAUUUACCGCUACUACCGGGACUUGGUCAACUUCCGCAAUGCGGGCGACCCGAUGCUCAUGCUCAAGGCGAUCAACCCCGCGGAAGCCCACUUGCUGGACGCUGCCACGAGUGCCCAAGUGCGUUUUCGCCUUGGCGGGUCGGCGUUCCCGCCCACGAUCUACUACAAGAUCUUUACGCGCGGCGCAGUCUGCGAUAUGAACGCCUUUAGCCCCAAAGACUAUACAACGGCCCACCAAGUGGGUCCUCGCAACAUCAACGUCCGUCCGACCGCGCCGGGGGUCGGGGUCACCAGAAUCAUCCGCGUCGGCAACGCGUUCUACGGUGCGAAUCAGUGCGGCAGCGACACACGGGGGUGGUACCGCCGCUGGGACAACAAUGGGUGGCGGCCCGUGACGUGCAAAGUGCUGGCGCCAACAAGUGACUUGGAUCCUGUCACGAUUGUCACGGCGAGCAAGCGCAAGGCCCAUCACCACCUUCGCGUCGUGCGACAGCAACAACUUUUGCAGCAACGCAAGGAAAAGAAGCGGCAAUGGAUGAAGCAGCUGUACUUGUACGUCGUCGACACAGUUACCGAGGCACCACACAUGACGAACCAUAGACAACAAGUCCAUCCAACGGCGACCGAACCGAUGGCGGCUCCCGAAGACGACCUCGACGCAUGUCGAAACCAGGUUGAUUUCGACGCCGACGACUGGGAAGCCCAAGCCAACGACAUGUGCGAUUGGGCAUCGGGACUCAACUUUGACCACUAUCUGGUCAACUGGACAACAUUGGGCACGACGAGCACGGCCAAGGACGAACUCUUGUCGCUUUAG